AUGAAUAAUCCUACUCCAGCUGUAGCUCAUGCACAGACAGAGUUGAAGCACUUGCCAAUAUCUGAAGAGCUUCUUUCUUAUUAUCGAAGACGUCUAGAAAAUUCAGAGGAUGAAUAUCAGAAAGCUACUCAGCGUAUAGAGCAGCUAAGUAUAUCUCAUGAAGAGUCUCAUAAGCUGUCAUGGGAGUUGCACAAGCGGGCUCAAGAGGUAGUCGAAAUGCAGCAAGCGUUAAGUGAUUUCCAAACCGCAUUGUAUGAUGAACGAAAACAUACACUAAGGAUUGUUGCAGAAAAUGACGAGCUAAAGAUCCAAGAACUCAAGGAUCGUAAAAAGAUUCGAUUCUUAUUAUCUCUGAGUGGUGCGCCUCAAGAAGAAGUCACCUACUUUCGAGAUAGAUUAGAUCAGCGUCUAGUCAAAAUCGCCAGAGUGCCUCUUGAGCCAAAAACAGCAGUAUCCAACAAAGCGGAGCGAAAAAAAAUAGAAGAGCAGGAUUUGAUUAUUCUAGAGGAUGAGGUGCAAGGAUUGCGGCUUACUGUGCUAUCACUCCAAACACAGCUUGACGAACAGAAAAAGGGGUUUGAUGAAACCAUUUCUGGUUUGAUGAAAGAUCGAAAAAACAUGAUCGAGGAGGAGCGUGUUCGGAGAGAAUACGAUGCAGCCAAGAUCGAAGAGCACUUGGCGACGAUUAAAAAACUGCGCAUUCUUUGUCGAGAAAAUACUCGAGAGCUGCUAAGAACCAAAAAAGUAUCACAUGCGCAUGAAAGAAGCUUGAUUGAAGAAAAGGCAGCCAUGGUCAAAGAGUUGGGAGAAUUGAAAUCUCAAAUAUCUCUUGAGCAGGAUCGCAAUGAAAAUGCCGAAAAGGUGAUUGAAAGUCGAGUAAGCCGAAAACAAGAAGGGAUUGUUGCUGAUCUUAGACACCAUUUAGGAAAACUAGAAGCGGAGCUGUUGGCCACCAAGGCUCAGCGUGAUAAAAUGGAGGCAUCACACACUCGCCAAGUCGGGUAUUUAAAAAGCAGACUCGAAACUGUGAAUUCCAGCUAUACUUCGCUUAAACGGCGGAGAGACUACGAAAUUGAAGGCUUUACCAAUGAUAUUUUAUCGCUACGGAAGCAACUACGUACACUAGAAAAGAAUAUUUUGAAAUAUGGACCUUUGGAAGAUAAAGAACUUGUUUUGCUAAAUCUAGCUCGACUAACAGGUGAACGAGCCAACAAAAUUUCUACUCAGCUACAGUCACUCAAGGCUAAAGUGUAUGCGACAGAAAAAGAAGUUCAAGAUUUGGACUUUUAAACACCACUGCUUGAAUCAGUAUAUGGAUAAAUGAACGACUUGGAUUGGCAAGAUAUUUGCAAAGCUUGCUCUCAUGCGUGACUUGUAUUCACAACCGUAUUCAUAUAAAAUGGAACACUUGUAUUUACCUUGCAGUCACUACCUCUAUUUUGGAAUAAAUAAUGAUUAACUAUUC